AUGCCUGUUCUUAUAAACUCCGAGCUAGGUUGGGUAGUAUCAGGAAGGACUACAACCUGUCAGCGUAUUACUCCAGUCAUUGCUAAUGUUGCAACCAAUGUCGAUUUACAUAAUCUAAUGGAAAAAUUUUGGGCAUUAGAAGAAGAUUACAAAUCACCAUGCUAUUCUGCAGAAGAAGCUGCUUGCGAGGAACAUUUUCGCCAAACCGUGGCUCGUACGUCUGAAGGGCGGUACAUCGUAAGACUUCCUAUCAAACAGAACAUUUUAGCCAACUUGAGUGAUAAUCGUAAUACGGCUAUCAGACGCUUCUAUGCAUUGGAGCGACAAUUAAACUUGGAUAGAGAGUUGGGUGAACAGCACAAGUGUUUUUUGGAUGAGUAUUAUGCUCUUCAUCACAUGCAACGCGUUGUAAAUCCACAUGAGAUAACCGUGCCAUGUUUUCAUCUACCCCACCACGCUGUUGUUCGGGAUAGUAGUUCAACAACAAAAGUACGAGUCGUGUUUGAUGCCUCGUGCAAAUCAGCUAACGGGCCGUCCUUGAACGACGCUCUUUUGGUAGGCCCUAUCGUGCAGGAGGAUUUGAGGUCAAUUAUUUUGCGCUCUCGCAAACAUCCUGUGAUGCUUAUCGCAGACAUUAAGCAAAUGUAUCGGCAGAUAUUACUUCAUGAAAGGGAUACCCCACUUCAACGUAUCAUUUGGAGAGAUUCCAGCGACGCUCCUCUCAACACCUUCGAACUGAAAACCGUUACGUACGGUACUGCGUGUGCGCCGUUCUUAGCCACACGAGUGUUAAAACAAUUGGCCAUUGACGAAAGAACCAACUUUCCCGAAGCCGCUGAAACGCUUGGUAAGGAUUUUUAUGUCGACGAUUUAUUCACAGGCGCGUCGAAUAUCGAUGACGCGAAAACGUUGCAAAGGCAACUGGAAGGUUUAUUAGCCAAAGGCGGUUUCGAGCUACGUAAAUGGGCUUCCAAUGAAGAAACUGUUCUGGAAGGAAUCCCCGAAGAAAAUCGUGCAUUGCAAGCAUCCGUCGACCUAAAUUUCAAUCAGUGUAUCAAAACACUUGGCAUUCACUGGGAACCAGCAUCAGACGUUCUGCGGUACCGAAUCAAUCUAGCGAUGCCGCCUACCCCACUAACCAAACGUGUUGCACUAUCUCAAGUCGCUCAACUCUUCGAUCCCCUCGGUUUACUAGGUCCGGUCGUCACAAUAGCGAAACUUUUCAUGCAAUCUCUAUGGAUGAUGAAAAACGAUGACGGAAGUCUUUGGGGUUGGGAUCAAGUGCUUCCGACUUCGGUGAUUGAACGUUGGACCAACUAUCAUUCUCAGCUGCCUCGCUUAAACGAACUGUACAUCGAGCGCUGUGUGUUGUGUGCAAAUCCAACUACAAUACAACUACAUUUCUUCAGUGAUGCAUCGGAGCAUGCUUAUGGAGCAUGCGUUUAUGUGCGCUCUACCAACAAAGAAAACGCAGUCAAGGUGGCAUUGCUAACAACAAAAUCCAAGAUAGCUCCACUAAAACAGCAAACUAUUCCUCGGCUCGAACUGUGCGGAGCAUUACUAGCGACUCAGCUGUAUGAAAAGGUUAACUCGUCAUUACAGCUUCCUAUUCAAACCCAUUUCUGGGUAGAUUCCACGACAGUACUUUGUUGGCUUAAAUCACCACCCGCAACGUGGACCACUUUUGUAGCUAAUCGAGUGUCCAAAAUCCAACAAACGACUUCCAAUUGUACCUGGCGACACGUAGCAGGGAAGGAAAAUCCCGCAGACCCACAUUUCACGAGGCAUGUCCGCAGAUAUGCUGCUACAAUGUGA